AUGAUGUUUAUGUUUCUAAGUUUUAUUUCUAUUUCAAUACAAUCAGCAAAUGAUUUUGAAUUUGAAUUAGACAUAAGAUCAUCAUCUGCAAUUUAUAACUUCAAUAACAUUUAUUAAAAUAUCAACAAUUGGAUAAAUUUUAAAAGAAUUAUUUAAGUGAUCAUGAACAGAAUAAAUUAGAAAAUGGAAGGUUGA